UGGCUAAGAUCAAUGAUAGAGAAAGACUAGAGGGAGAAAGAGGUCGAGUAUGAAAAUGAGAAAGAGGUUCGGUGGGUGGUGCAGCGGACCGGCGGGCAGACAGGGCAGCCACUCCCUACCCUACCCCACCCCACCCCACCCCACCCCACUGCUGAUUAAAAGUGCUCCACUCUCCAGUAGUCCCACUGAGCUCCCAAACAGCCCCUUUUGAUUCGGAUCGCUUUUCUUCUCCAUCUCUGCACGGCACCCCUCGGCCAUUCCCCAUGGCCGCCGCCCAAGAGUCCUUCAUAUACAGCUUCGUCGCACGUGGCACCGUAGUCCUCGCCGAGUACACCGAAUUCACCGGCAACUUCCCCGCCAUUGCCGCCCAGUGCCUGCACCGCCUUCCUUCCGCCAACAACAAGUUCACUUACAAAUGCGAUCACCACAUUUUCAAUUUCCUGCUCGAGGACGGCUAUGCUUAUUGUGUCGUUGCCAAAGAAUCCGUGGGGAAGCAGAUCUCAAUCGCAUUCUUGGAACGGAUCAAAGCCGAUUUCAAGAAAAGAUACGGUGGUGGCAAAGCAGACACAGCUAUUGCCAAGAGCCUCAACAAAGAAUUCGGGCCACUGAUGAAAGAACACAUGCAGUACAUAAUUGAUCAUGCAGAUGAAAUCGAAAAACUACUUAAGGUCAAGGCCCAAGUCUCCGAAGUCAAAAGCAUUAUGCUGGAGAACAUAGACAAGACCAUAGAAAGAGGCGAAAACUUAACCAUUCUCAAUGACAAGGCUACAGACCUCCGUGAGUCCGCGCAAGAAUUCAGGAAAAAGGGGACACAGAUACGGCGAAAAAUGUGGUAUCAGAAUAUGAAGAUAAAAUUGGUGGUGCUCGGAAUCCUCCUCCUCCUCAUCCUUGUGAUAUGGCUGUCGGUUUGCCAUGGCUUCGACUGCACCAACUAGAACCUUCCGCUAACUUCGAUCUCAACUCGAUUCAGAUAAUUUGAAGGGCAGCCAUACUUUCUCCUACUUACCUGCAAAUUCCUAUGUGAUUUUACUUCUCUUAGCUUCUCCUAUAUCUGCUGUUUGCUUAUUUAUUACUAGUACAUUGUUAUUACUAUUUUUAAAGGUUCUGUAUUGUAAGAUAGAUAGGAAAACAUUAUUUUUUAAUGUACAAAAACAUGGUUUGAUUGAUUGGCUUUUUAAACACAUCUUUAUUCUAUAUACCAGUUACAAUAAUAUAUUUUGU